UUUUAGCUGAUUUCCCUUAAAUAAAAAGAAAAACACCAAUAUGGUAAACAAAAUACUAAAAAAAUCAGGGAAAGGAGGCGGAGUUGUAGCACAGUAUGCUCGGCGAUGGAAGCAAGGCGGUGGCCGAUUCCGAUGUUCUUUCCAUCUGAUUCAGAUUCUCAUUCUCCGUCUCCUCGUUUGACUUCAUUAUUUGUUCACCUCGAAAUCAUCAAAACCCCUCUAUUUCUUUGAAUUUCUCCUAACAAAUCACUUCAUUAGUUCAUUAUUGCUUCCAUCCACAAUGCGAAAUUUCCAGCUUCAGUUCAAAAAUUCCCUUCCUCUCGAGAAACCCAACAAUCAAUUUUGCAUUAGUUCAAGUUCAAAUUCAAAUUUGUUUUUUUGCGGCGGUUUGUUCAUCGAGCCGAAUGCUCCCUCUUCUUUUCUCGAAUACUUUUCCGGGGGAAAUUCGUCCGCUGCCAAAAGGGUACGUUUUGAGGGAGAAAAGCGUGCGGUAGUGCCGGGUAAUGCCGUGUUUUUGUCGGUGAGCUUGGGGAACGACGAGCUUGUUCAGCAGCAACCGAAGGUUUGCAUUGUUAAAAAUGCGGAAAAAGAAAAGAGCGAUGAAAAAGCGGUCGUGGAUAGAAGAAGGGUUCUGGUUACGCGGCGGGGUGCAGUAAAUACUACUAAGCAUUUGUGGGCUGGCGCCAUUGCAGCUAUGGUUUCAAGAACAUGCGUUGCUCCCCUUGAGAGGUUGAAGCUAGAAUACAUACUCCGUGGUGAACAGAAGAACAUAUUUGAGCUUAUUAAGAAAAUUGCAACCACACAAGGAUUGAAAGGAUUUUGGAGGGGGAACCUAGUUAACGUUCUCCGCACAGCUCCAUUUAAGGCGGUGAAUUUUUGUGCUUAUGAUACAUACAGAAAGCAGUUGCUCAGAUUCUCUGGAAAUGAGGAUACCACUAAUUUUGAGAGGUUUAUUGCCGGUGCUGCAGCAGGAAUUACAGCUACUGCACUCUGCAUACCACUUGACACUAUAAGAACUAAGAUAUUGGCACCUGGUGGAGAAGCCUUAGGUGGUGUAGUUGGUGCAUUUCACCAUAUGAUCCAAACUGAAGGAUUCUUUUCCCUCUAUAGAGGGCUAGUACCUUCUAUUAUAAGCAUGGCACCUUCAGGUGCAGUGUUCUAUGGCGUGUAUGACAUACUGAAAUCAGCUUAUCUGCACUCGCCUGAAGGUAGGAAAAGAAUUCAGAACUUGAGCAAGCAGGGGCAGGAACUCAAUGCUUUGGACCAGCUGGAGUUGGGACCAAUCCGGACAUUAAUAUAUGGGGCAAUUGCAGGUGCUUGUGCAGAAGCUGCUACUUACCCAUUUGAAGUAGUGAGAAGACAGCUUCAGUUGCAAGUAAAGGGAACCAAAAUGGGUGCACUGGCAACUUGUGUCAGGAUUGUUGAGCAUGGAGGAAUUCCAGCUCUUUAUGCAGGGCUUAUUCCCAGCUUACUACAAGUCCUCCCUUCUGCUUCAAUAAGUUUCUUCGUUUAUGAGUUUAUGAAGAUUGUCUUCAAAGUGGAAUGAAGGAAGAAAAUGGAUCUACAAUUAAAGAGGAUAGUCAAAGGUUGAAUACUCACAGAUGAGCACACGUAGCAUUUCUGAAUGAUAAAAUUGAUCAUUGAUUGUUCACAUGUUAACAGGUAAUGUUCCCUACAUGACUUUUUGCCUUGAUAGGAAAUGAAAGAAAUUUGUCGACAAGAUUUAAUCACCCUUUCUUGGGUAAAUUUAAUACUCCAUGACUGACGGUAUUUUGAUUUGCAUACUUAAACUUGAUUUUACUGUCC